GGUUCACCAGUGAAAAUGAAAGGACUGAAAGGAGGGAAGGAGGGACGACAACCAUCGCGGAAAAGUAGGGAAAACGAGGCGGGGGCGCACACGCAGAGAGACUUCCUGGUUAUCGUUACUCAGCACUUGUGGGGUUCUCGGAACUGGGGGUGUGACGGUCUGGCGACCCUUUUGAGGAAUCCUGAACUGGCCUGGGAGCGUCGGAUGAUGACCACGCUGGCCCCUACGCAGUACGCUUUUCAGGAAGCCUUGAACAGUGCAGGAGAGAAACUCGUAGUGGUCGAUUUCUCAGCCACGUGGUGUGGGCCUUGCAAAAUGAUCAAGCCUUUCUUCCAUUCUCUCUCUGAAAAGUAUUCCAAUGUCGUGUUCCUUGAAGUAGAUGUGGAUGACUGUCAGGAUGUUGCUUCAGAGUGUGAAGUCAAAUGCAUGCCAACCUUCCAGUUUUUUAAAAAGGGACAGAAGGUGGGUGAAUUUUCUGGAGCUAACAAGGAAAAACUUGAAGCCACCAUUAAUGAAUUAAUCUAAUCAUGUUUUCUGAAGACAUGACCAGCCAUUGGCUGUUUAAAACUUGUAAUUUUUUAUUUACAAAAAGGAAAGAUCAAGUAUGAAGACUAUAUACCCAAUCACCAUCUGAUAAGUGAUAAUAAAAUAGUAACUCUACCCUUUUUAAAACCUCCUGGUAUCUUUGAAUAGUUUUAAAUAAAUGAAAACUGAUCAUUUGA